AUGGAUCAAGCAGAUGAUUUAAAAGCAUUUGAACGUCGAAUGAAUGAAAUAAUAUCGUCUCUUCAACCAUCAAUAUGGCGUUGGCGUUUCAUAUUAUUAAUUCUAGUCUCAGUAACUCUUAUUACAUUUUAUAUUUUAAUAACUGAUGUAUCAUUAUCAUUUUCAUCAUCAACAUUAUCUAUAACAACAAAAUCUAUAACAAAUGAUAUAAAGAAUGAUAAAUCCUAUAUAUUAAUAUUAUUAUCAUAUUUAUUUCGAAAAGAACUUUAUUUUUCUUUUGCAUUUGGUUUAUUAAUUUUUGCAUUUUUAUUUGGUAUACAUCGUAAAAUGUUUGCAUCAUCAAUAAUAAUAGCAAGAUUUCGUUAUAUACUUGCUGAUUAUAAUAUGUCAUGUGAUCGUGAUGGUCGAUUAAUAAUAAAACCAAGACCAACAACAUAUAUUAGUUGA